UCCGCGUUUUCCUCAGAGCCCAAGGCGCCGGGAGGUAAGGCGCACGCGCAUUGGGGUCCGGCUCGGGCGAGCGCGCGGCCGACAACUGCGGGUGACUAGCAUGCAGAUAUUCACACCCUGACUUGGCUGCUUGACUACUGACAUGGCCCACCGGGGUGGGGAGAGGGACUUCCAGACUUCAGCUCGGCGGAUGGGUACCUCCCUGCUCUUCCAGCUUUCAGUGCAUGAGCGGGAACUGGACCUCGUUUUCCUGGAUCAUAGCUAUGCAAAACCGUGGAGUGCCCACCCAGAUGCCAGUAGUGCCCGCCCCACCCGCAUGCUCUUUGUAACCCCCCGUCGGCAGCAGGAGAAUACUAUUGAGUCAGACGUUCCAAUAGAUGUGGAGACGGUCACGGCAACUCCUGUUCCACUUUAUGACAAUCAGAAGGCAAGAAGUGUGAUGAACGAGUGUGAACGGCACGUGAUCUUCGCCAGGACAGAUGCAGAUGCUCCUCCUCCGCCAGAAGACUGGGAAGAACAUGUCAACAGGACUGGCUGGACAGUGGCUCAGAAUAAGCUAUUUAACAAGAUCCUCAAAGCCCUGCAGUCUGACCGGCUUGCACGAUUGGCCAAUGAAGGGGCUUGCAAUGAGCCUGUGCUGCGUCGCGUGGCUGUGGACAAGUGUGCAAGGAGGGUGCGGCAGGCGCUGGCAAGUGUCAGCUGGGACACCAAGCUGACCCAGUGGCUGCACACCACCCUCGUGGAGACCCUGAGCCUGCCCAUGCUGGCUGCUUACUUGGAUGCCCUGCAGACACUGAAAGGGAAGAUCCCAACUUUGAUAGAUCGGAUGCUUGUGUCGUCCAACACCAAAACUGGGGCUGCAGGAGCGGAGGCCUUGUCCCUUCUCCUCAAGAGGCCCUGGGACCCUGCUGUUGGUGUGCUUUCACAUAACAAACCAAGCAAGCUCCCUGGUUCUCCUUUGAUUCUCAUCGUCUCCUCUGGUCCCUCCAGCUCUGUGUUCCCUGCCUCACGCCGCCACCGCUUCUGGCAGUCUCAGCUCUCCUGCUUAGGCAAGGUCAUCCCUGUAGCGACCCAUCUACUGAACAAUGGCAGUGGGGUAGGAGUUCUGCAGUGCCUCGAACACAUGAUUGGGGCCGUGAGAAGCAAAGUGCUAGAGAUUCACAGCCAUUUCCCACACAAACCCAUCAUCCUGAUUGGAUGGAAUACGGGAGCUUUGGUGGCCUGUCAUGUGUCUGUGAUGGAGUACGUCACUGCUGUUGUCUGCCUUGGGUUUCCUCUGCUUACUGUGGAUGGACCCAGGGGGGAUGUGGACGAUCCCCUCCUGGACAUGAAGACUCCAGUCCUCUUCGUCAUUGGUCAGAAUUCUCUACAGUGUCACCCUGAAGCCAUGGAGGACUUCCGGGAAAAGAUUCGAGCAGAAAAUAGCUUGGUGGUGGUUGGGGGAGCUGAUGAUAAUCUCAGAAUAAGCAAAGCAAAGAAGAAAUCAGAGGGCCUGACUCAGAGCAUGGUGGACAGAUGUAUUCAGGAUGAGAUUGUAGACUUCCUGACUGGAGUGCUCACUCGUGCUGAGGGUCAUGUGGGCUCUGAGCCUCGGGAUCAGGAUGCUGAGAAGAAGAAGAAACCCCGGGACUUGACCCGAAGAGACCUGGCCUUUGAAAUUCCUGAGCGAGGCAGUCGUCCUGCUUCCCCAGCUGCCAGGCUCCCCACAUCCCCCUCAGGCUCAGAGGAUCUCUCCAGUGUGUCCAGCAGCCCCACCUCUAGCCCUAAGACCAAAGUGACCACAGUGACCUCUACCCAGAAAUCAAGUCAGAUUGGGACCUCCCAGCUGCUGAAAAGACAUGUGCAGAGGACAGAAGCUGUGCUGACCCACAGACAAGCCCAAGCACAGUUUGCUGCUUUUCUGAAACAAAACAUGCUGGUGAGGAAAGCUUUUCCUCCUGGCACCUCCUCCUGUCUCUUUGUUCCCAUUUCAUCAGAAUCAGUGGAGGACAUAGAGAAAGAAGAGCUUCGGGUCCAGCUUAAGAGGCACCAUUCUUCCAGUCCUCUUCCUGGAGCAAAGCCUUCCAAGCGACCAAAGAUCAAAGUGUCCCUGAUCUCCCAAGGGGACACAGUUGGAGGACCUUGCACUCUUUCUCAAGGUGGAACACCUGAAGCUGCCGGAGGGAAGCCCAUCACCAUGACCCUGGGAGCUUCAGCAGGAGCCAAGGAACUCACUGGACUUCUCACUACAGCCAAGUCAAGUUCUUCUGAAGGUGGAGGUACAGCCAGCACAACCCCAUCUGUGGCUUCCAGCAGUGCCACACCUAAUGCUAUCCACACGCUGCAGAGCCGCUUGGUGGCCACUUCUCCAGGCAGCUCCCUUCCAGGGACCGCUUCAGCCAGCAGCCUCCUCCAGGGCCUCAGCUUCAGCUUACAGGAUAUUAGCAGCAAGACCUCUGGCCUCCCAGGAAGUCCCUCCCCAGGGCCAGCCCCACAGGCCACCAGUGUGAAAUUGCCAACCCCCAUGCAGAGUCUGGGUGCCAUCACCACAGGCACGAGCACCAUUGUCCGUACCAUCCCUGUGGCCACCACUCUCUCCUCCUUGGGUGCCACUCCUGGUGGGAAGCCCACUGCCAUCCACCAGCUGCUGACCAAUGGGAGCCUCGCUAAGUUGGCAAGCAGCCUACCUGGCUUGGCUCAGAUUUCCAACCAAGCAUCAGGCUUAAAGGUCCCCACCACCAUUACUCUGACGCUGCGUGGCCAGCCAAGCAGAAUUACCACGCUAAGCCCUAUGGGGUCAGGGGCAACGCCGUCCGAGGAGCCCAACUCCCAGAUGCUACCAUCUAGUUCACAGCGUUUGACUAUGUAGAAGACUCGAGCCUCAGCCUUGCAAGUCCUGGGACCACAGGUGUGCACACCAUGCCCAGCUCUAGUUUAUUUACCUUUUCACCCAUUGAAGUAAAUGGUGAAUCUGUUUAUCCUUAAAAAACAUUUGAAGUUCUCUGCUUUAGUAUUCCAUGUAACUCUACACAUGUGAGUCUGUCGUAUGACCUUGUUCCUUCUCUUUCUACACUAGCCUUCUGUUGUCUGACAGUGCAGGUGCCUAGCCCUCUUAGAAUCAUCGGCAUGAGAUGAUUGAACAUCAACAGUUCUUUUUUAGUGAAAAUGAUUCAUUAAAUAGCCUUCCUGAUAUUCUGCUGUCUGAAUUCCAGAUUCAGGGGGUGGGGGGUAUUGUUGCUUUGUUUUCAGCAUAUCCUGUUGGAUUCUUGUUGUUUGUUUCGGUUUAUUUCUUUGAGAUGGGUCUUGUUGUGUAACCCUGGGUGCCUUACACUUUUGAUCCUUUUGGCUUAGCCUUUCAAAUGCCAGGACUGCAUUAUUUUCCAUCAGUUUUAUCCUGUUUUGUCUGAGAUGGUUCACUCUGUGUUGUUCAGACUGGCCUCAGAUGUCUCCCAGGUGCCAGUGUAAUUCCAGAGUCACAGAUGCACGCUGCCGUCUCCCCUUCUUGUUCUUUCCUGCAACCCUCGUUACUUUCAUUAUGUGUACAAAGGGCACAAGGCCUUUGUACAGGAGAACAGGCUGGAAACAGAAGCGUCUGCUGGUUAAGGGGUGCUUAUCCUUUCCAUUUGCUUCUGUUUCACUUGGAAUUUCAGGCUCCACUUACUAGUAUUAGACUGUAGGUUUCUCUUUGUUUUUGCUUUCACCUCGUGUGUGUGUGUGUGUGUGUGUGUGUGUGUGUGUGUGUGUGUAUGUGUGUGUUUAUUUAGUGUUGUUAACUAGUUUUGUAAAAGAUAAUUUUGGUCCUUGUAGAAUACAAUAGGAAGAGUUUUGUUUUUUGAUGUACACUACAGCAGACAGUACAGAAGUUCUUCUGCUCCUUCAUGCUUUGAUGGACCUGAACAUCAGGGCCUGUUCUGAGACUGUCUUUACCUUUGCUGGUGUCACAUUGAUGUGCAACUAGAAUGCAGAUUGCUGCUUUUCUCUAAAGAAGACAUCCACCUCACUGGAUGAAAGCUGGGUUUUCCUCAUUGGCUUUAACCCAGAUUAGUUUUCAUGUGAAUAAAAUGGGUACAUUAUUGCUAGGCGGGGUCCACUGUGGUCCUUCUCCAACAGGAAAGGGGCAGUUAGGACACUGAGGGUUAUCAAGUCCAUGUUUCCAGUUUUACCUCUGUUCACCUGGCCUAACAGUGAGAUUUUAAAAGGAAGAACUCUGUGCUUGAAGUUAGGCUUGGUUUUCAGCUAGUAGCUGUGUGCUCCUGGGCAAAUCACUUGAGUUCUUGAGGUUUGGGCCUUCUUAUCUAGCGUGGUGUAGAAUUGACUUAAGUAGGUAGGGUUUCUAUUGCUGUGAUAAAAUACCAGAAACAGAGUCUGGCAGAAACCUUAGGGGAUGCUGCUUGCUGGCUGGCUCUCAUUCCUUGCUCAGCUAGGGUCCAGCCCAGGGGUCGCAUUAUGCUCAGUGAGCUUGGCUCUCCCACAGUCAAGAAGAUACACCACAGGCCAGUCUAGGGGUGGGGAGGGCAUUUCCUCAAUUGAGGUUCUCUCAAAAUUAGUCUUAUCUUGUGUCAAGUUAACAUAAAACUAACCAGCUAAACCAAGGACCUUAGAAACACAAAUGCUUAAAUGAUGAAAAACCAAACUACCCACAUUUGAUAUUUUUGAGGCUGUUGGAAAUGUGAAUACUCAGUGGAUACUUGUUGAUAAAAGACACUGUUUGCUUUCUGUUGAGACGUGCCCAUAAGAAUAUAGUUCAGACCAGACCCUAUUUUAGCAUUCUGCAGGUUCCUAAGUACUGGGGUUACAUAUACUUGUCCUUGUGCCUAGCAUUUGUUAAACUCUUUAUAUGUGACAGUGAUAUUUUACCUAAUUUUUGUUUUGUUGUUUGAGAAAGGGUCUUACUAUGUAAACUCCUGGCUGGCCUGGAGCUCACUUUGUAGAGCAGACUAGCCUUAAACUCAGAGACGAACCUCUGCCUUUUUUUUUUUUUAAUUUAAACAUGAGUACACUGUGCUGUCUUUAGACACAUCAGAUCCCAUUAUAGAUGGUUGUGAGCCAUCAUGUGGUUGCUGGGAAUUGAACUCAGGACCUCUGGAAAAGCAGUCAAUACUCUUAACUGCUGAGCCACCUCUCCAGCCUACAGACCUGUGCUGGAAUUAAAGAAAGCAACUAUCAUGACCAGCUCAUCUAAUGAAAAAUCGGUUCUUUUGGGGUGGGCAUGGUCAGGUGCUUGCCUAGCAUGCGUGAAGCCCUAAAUACACCAAAUGAGUCAGGCAGGAUGGUGAAUGCCUGUAAUAGCGGCGUCCAGGACCUGGAUUAGCUGAUCUAGACCAAUGGGAACCUGACUUAAGAAGUAGUCGUUGUCUCCUCCUCUUCUUCCUCCUCCUUUUCCUCUUCUUCCUCCUCCUCCUCUUCCUCCAUUUCCUUAUUUUAUGAUUCUUAGAUAGUACUGGUGCAUGGUACCAACUAAUUUUUGUUAGAUCCAUAAAAUGCUUCCUUGAUAGGCUUGAGCUAUUGUUUGUCCUGACAGAUAAGGGCUGCAGAUAAGGAAGAAGGCUAUGUUGUACCCUACAUUCCCAGUCUCUGUGUCCUUCUGAUCACACUGGUGGUAGCCGCCUGGGGGGGUGAGGGGGUCCUAGUCUAGUUGUUGCCAUGGCAGUGUGCCACACUACAGCUUUGCAGGAGUCCCUGCUCAAUUACACUCACUUAGAUCAGGACAGUGACCUCCUGUGUGCACCCCUGUCCUGGGGCUCUGUAUGCAAGUAGGAAGUGGAUCCUUCAUCAAACCCUUUAUCUUUCCCUCCCAUGCUCUUAGUCUUCUUCACUGUGUUCUUGGGGUUUCUAUCCGUGUGACAUGUAGAAACACAGUAGCCUAGCCGAGUAGAUGCCAUCUGUCCACCUGUGCCCUCUUCCAGGCUGCAAGGCUCAACAUCCAAAAUUCCCAUGACCUAAAGAUGAUACUGUCAUAACAGUUGUGGACGUUUAUUUCCCUUUCAGUUUGUCUAGUGUUGUACUUGUUUCCUAUUCUCUGUGUUCCUUUCCUGUCCUUGGGUGUGAUAAAUACAACCAAGAGCUGA